AUGUGUCCGAGGGCUCGGUCCCCAAUGGAGACUCCCAGAGUGGCGUGGACAGUUUGCGGAAGCACUUGCGAGCUGACACCUUCACCCAGCAGCAGCUGGAGGCUCUGGAUCGGGUCUUUGAGCGUCCUUCCUACCCCGACGUCUUCCAGGCAUCCGAGCACAUCAAGUCAGAGCAGGGGAACGAAUACUCCCUCCCGGCCCUGACCCCUGGGCUUGAUGAAGUCAAGUCGAGUCUAUCUGCGUCCAGCAACCCCGAGCUGGGCAGCAACGUGUCAGGCACGCAGACAUACCCCGUGGUGACCGGUCGUGACAUGGCGAGCACCACUCUGCCCGGUUACCCCCCUCACGUGCCCCCCACUGGCCAGGGAAGCUACCCCACCUCCACCCUGGCAGGAAUGGUGCCUGAGGCUGCAGGGGGUCCCUCACCCUCUAGUAUGGGCCGCCCCGGGGAGAAAGCUUGCAGCAGUGCCCUCUUGUGUGCGGCCCACUGA